AUGCCACCAAAGAAGUCCGGAGCUCAACGGCGGAAGCAGCAGAAAGAUGUGUCAAAACUCGUUGAAGAUCCGAUUGUAUGUGUUUUAAAAUUUAUUGAUUCUGUCUUCUGUAGGUUCAGGAUCCUUGUCCGGCAGAGGUCCGUGGCUUUGAAGGGCUUGAGGGGUUCAAAAAGGUCCUUCUGAAAUUUCCAGAAUUCGAAAAUCCCCCGGAUUUUCCGGAGGUGAAAAAGCCAACUGAAUCUGAAGAGGGUCUUCAAGAGUUGGCGAACGAGUUGCAACUGCCAAGUAGCUAUGAUUUGAAUGUGUUGGCCGAGGCCAGUCGGCAAACCCAGCGGCUAGAAAAGCUUGACGAUGAUGGUGUUCCAGAAGUUGAUCAAGGUUAGUAUUUUCUAUUUUUUGAUUGAAUUUUAGGCUAAGAUACAUGUGAAAUGAAUAUAAAAAGAUAUGUUAGUCUUUUUCGCAUCUAAUUAAUUUGUUUCUGUCCCAAAAACCUACGGAAUUUGUCAACUAUUCACCUAUAUUACACAUGACUGACCUGCUGAAUUUUAAGAUGUCGGAUUGCCCUUUCUUUUUGGUCUGAUGGAGCAAUAUCUUCGUGUGGAUCUCCUGGAUGGCCGUACGAUUGUCGGACAAAUGAAAGGAGUGGAUCGUGAAGCCAAUCUUCUUCUCAACCACUCACGGGAAUAUUGGAGAGAUGAGGACUCCGACGAUUUUACCUCCGCUUGUCUUGAUUCUCGUCGCACUCUCGGGACGAUUAUGAUCCCUGGGAAGUGUGUUCAAAAUGUUUGUCUCGUCCAGCAUUCGGGAAGUGCGAGAUCGGUCAAAAAGUCAGUGGAUUAUAUUGAACAUAUGAUUGGGACUUUCAAGAAACAGAAAUCACAAAUUGAUGCUGCUGAAGAAGCGAGAAGGCAAGGGAAGUUCGAAAAACACACCAGCUUCAUCCCACAGAAAAUUGAGGAUUGGAAUCGGGAGGUUGAAGUUCUAGCGACUGAGGACAAUAUUAAGUUCGCCAGACAAACGCAUGGCCGAGUUAUGAACUCCGGAGGCUUCAAUAUGGAGGUAUUUGAACAAGGCAUCAGUGGCUUGGCAGCUGAGACCAAAGAAGAUCCUGGCGACCCAGAACAAGGGGAAACUAGUCAAGCCGCGGCUGCUCGGGUGGAGAAUAUUAAAAAAGCCGAGGAACUGCAAGCAAAGAAACAAUUCGUCCUGGAAUUGAUGAAAAAACGUCAGCAGGAAGAAAAGGAGAGUAGAAAUAGCGUGUUUGCAUAAUCUGCGAAGCUGUUGACCGAGUUUUUAUAUUAUCCAUGAUGAAUCUAAAAGUGUUUGGAUUUGCCUGUGAAACUUUUUAAUUUUGAGUGAAAAGCAUCUGACUGAGUUUGUUUUUACACACGGUUGUUUUAUUUUUCUCCAUUUUUUCUCUUGGUCUCGUAUCAAAUUCUUCAUAUCCUCCGGUUUUUUUUUCUUUAUUUGCAUUGCACAGUGCAGAUUUUUCGAAGCUCAAAGAUGAUGUCAGACAGUAUUUUAAUUGACUAAAAUGCGUUUGAAAAUGUUGAUUGGGGCUUAAACUGCUAGGGUUUGAAAGAUUAAGACGGAAUUUUUAUGGGGUCUUAUCAAAAAAUUAGUUAUAUUGUAGUAGAAGGUGCAGAUAAAAUAAGGCAAAAAUUUUUAUGAAAUAUUGCCUUGAGGAAGGUUUAAGGUAUUGUAUGAUCUUUUUUGAGCUUGGAAUCACUUGUUAUUCAUAUUUUAUCGCCUUUGAAACUUGACGGAUAUUGUUCAUGACAUUGCCCACGGAAUUUAACUGGUAUCUCUAAGGCUACAAUAAAUCCAAGUGCUAUAAGAAUAAGGGCAUUUUAGUGAUGUAACUAGCUGAUACUAACAUUCCAGAACUUUUUGGCACUAUGCGGCACGGAUUAUUACAACAAUAACAUCUUUCAUCGGAACAUCAAAAGCUUCAUUGUGCAGACUGGAGACCCAACAAAUAAUGGAAAGGGCGGUCAAAGCAUCUUCGGAGAGCCAUUUCCAGAUGAGAUCCACGAGGAUUUAACGGUAGGUUGGAGAGAACGAAAGAUAUAAGCAAAUUUUUAUAUUGUACUAGACAUUAAAUUUAAAAUUUUGAUGAAUUAUAGCCGGAAGUAAAGGUCUACAGUAGUAAUUUGGAAGGCUUAGACGCUAUUUACGAAAAUUUGUUUUGCUUCGAAAGUAGAUUUGCAAGCCCUGGACACAAGCGGAACGCAAAAACUGACCUCUUGUUUAUCAUUUCUUUCCAAUUUUCUUAAAAAAUCAUCGGGUUACAAUAAAAUUUAUGUUCGAAAUGUUUCGCCCUUAUCUUUGCUGUUUCUGAUUUUGUGGUUUUUAUAUACUUUUUGCGAUUUUUUGCAUUUUUUGCCUAGUGUAAUAUCAAAAAUUUUUUUUUGUUUGACGAUUUUUGACGGUAAAAUAAUGAAGAAUAACGAAGAUUAGUAAGGAUGUUUACUUUUUGCGAUGUUUAGAAUCUUGGUUUGCCAUAAAGUUACAGUUUUUUUGCUAUUUCCCAUCAGAGAAUGACGGUUGAGUUUUGCAACACAUAGUUUCAAAAGGUCGAUUAAAAGUUUUAUUUUCCCACCUGAUCAGCAUCGAAAAGACAUGCCCAUCGAAUGUUGCUGAUUGAUUGCGCAUUCCCCACAUGGUUUUCCGAUGUUUUAUUGGCUUCGUGGAAAUUGGACAGAGUGAAAUUCGACAGAAAUAAAUUGGACAGGGGGAAAAUUGGAUAGAAUAAAAUCGGACAGAUUUUUUUCACUGCAAAAAAUAAUUACAGUGAGGGACCUGAUGGCAAAAAAACGUACCAUUUUGCAUCCGGGAAGUAUCAAAAAUGAGGCAAAAUGCUUCCCUCUCCAUGUGAAAAAACUCUGUUUUCAAAAGCCUCUCUUUUUAUGAGGGAAAUGGCCCGCCCUUUAAUGCGGAUUUUUUUCACUUGGAGAGGGAAGCAUUUUGCCACAUUUUUGAUACUUCCCGGAUGCAAAAUGGUACGUUUUUUGCCACUGGCUCAGGUCCCCACUGUAAUUAUUUUUUGCAGUGAAAAAAUUUGUCCAAUUUUAUUCUGUCCAAUUUCCUCUUGUCCAACUUAUUUCCCUCGAGUUUCACUCUGUCCAAUUUCCAUGAAGCCAAUAAAACAUCGGAAAACCACGUGGCGCAUGCGCAAUCAAUCAGCAACAUUGGAUGGGCAUGUUUUUUCGAUGGUGAUCGGAUGGGAAAAUAAAACUUUUAAUGGAUCUUUUGAAACUUUUUGUUGCGAAAAUUAACCUUCAUUCUCUGAAGGGAAGUAGCGAAAAAAAUGUAAUUUUAUGACAAACCAAGGUUCUCAACAUCGCAAAAAGUAAACAUCCUUACUAAUCUUCCUUGUUCUUCAUUAUUUUACCGCAUAAAUCGUCAACCGCAAAAAAAAUUUUUUUUGAUAUUAUACUAGGCAAAAAAUGCAAAAGAAUCGCAAAAAGUUUAUAAAAACCACAAAAUCAGAAACAAUAAGGGUAUAUUUUGUUCAGCACAACGCGCGAGGAAUCGUCUCGAUGGCGUCGAAUGGCCCGGUGACCAACAAAAGUCAGUUCUUCAUCACCUACGACAAGCAGCCGACCCUCGAUGGGAAACAUACUGUAUUUGGAAAGUAAGAUUUUUUUGACUUUUCCGGUUGAUUCACGUGUUUUUAUUUUGAUUCAUGAUAUUUUUAUAAGCUUUUGGAACAGCCUGAGGCGUUCAUUGGCCUACAGUAGAAAGCAAUUGCUUAAAAGGGGCGGAGCUUGAGAUUUUUUAAAAUAUUUUUGUAGAAAAAGGUAUAAAAUUGAAGGGAAAGGAUGUGAAAAGAGUUGAUUGGUGUGGUAAAGGGAAUUUAGAGGGGUUUUGAGCCAUAUGGAUGUUGUAAUUGGCAAAAAAAAUGAUUUUUUUUGGAUUUUUGAUGAUUUUACGCGGAAUUUUGGCAAAAAUAGUGGUUAAAAAAGAUUUUAGAGAAAAAUUGACGUAUGUUUAGAGGAACAAGGCUAUUUUGAAUGUUUUAGUAAAGUUUUUGCGAUUUUUUUUAAUUUUGAAUUUGAAAUUUUAAAAAUUUUUUCGAAAUUUUUCGAUUUUUUUUCGUCGAAAAAAGUUCCCCGAAUUGCAGAGUGAUCGAUGGCUUCGACGCCCUGGAGGAGCUGGAGAACACUAAAGUGGACGCCAAGUAUCGUCCGGUGGUUGAGCAGCGCAUCAAGACGGUCACAAUCCACGCAAAUCCCCUCGCAAACGAGCUCGCCCACGCCCUGGAAUAG